AUGGGCUUGGUAUUAACACUUAAGGUAGCUAAUUUUGCCAUCGCAGUCCACCUCUUCGCGACAUACGUCGGGCGUCCAUCACAUAUGAGCGGCCCGUCGAUGCUCCCUACCCUCGCUGACAGCGGAGAAAUGGUCAUCGAGGAGUUCCUCACGUAUCGAUUCUUCCCAGAGAAGCUCCAGCGUGGCGACCUCAUCACCGUAGAGUCUCCUAUCGAACGCGGGCGCGUCAUCUGUAAACGUCUCAUUGGGCUGCCUGGUGACAUCGUCUGCGUGGACCCGACAGGCCAGAUGGCCCCUUCCACCGAGCACGUCAUCAUUCCGAAAGGCCACAUAUGGAUAAGCGGCGACAACGCAGCGGCCUCGCGCGAUUCUCGAAUGUAUGGGCCUGUUCCUAUGGGUCUCAUCCGAGGACGGCUGUAUGCGAGGAUCUGGCCUCCGACGGCCUUCACGAUUUUCCGCAAUCCAACAACUUUUCUAGAAUAG